AUGGCGCAUCUUAGCUCUUUUUACUUCGCCACAAAUCCUGCCUAUGAAAUAUUAAUUCUGAAGAUCUCGAUGUGCAUUUGCGUUAUUGAAGCCCAGAAUGUCGGCGAGUUCUUCGCUACGACUGUGAACCAAACCGAGUUCCAGAUUCAUCAGAAAAUCGUGAUAUACUUCACGAAUUUGCCAUUGUUCAAAAUCUGCCGUGUUGCUGCAACUAAGAAAGAACUCAAUCAGACCUUGAGAGAUCAUCAUCAACUGGGGAGUCAAACAGCUAAAUUACGAAUGGGAUCUCUCUGGGUGUCCGUCAUCGUGAUGGCUUUUUUGGGAUUCACCAUUCCAAUAUCGGCUUACAGCGACUGCACUCAAGUAGACUGGAAUAUCACUCUAGGUAGUGCAGGAUGGGCGAGCUGCCCACUUGGAAAGUACCUGAAAGGAGUUUUGAGGGCGCAUAUCAGCAACUCCGACGGUAUCGAUAACAUCAAAGCAGGGCAAUGCUGCAUUCCACCUCAUGAGUUUCUGGACGAGGAUACUGAGUGUAAAACAGAGAACUGGAAAAAAUCAUUAAGCAGAAACCACAAGUGGGCUUCCUGUCCUGAAGACUAUGAUUUUCUAAGAGGAUUUUAUCAUUCAAAUGAAACUUUUUUGGACAACAUCGAGCAAGCCUUGUGUUGCAGGCCAAAGACCUACAUAAGUAGGACCACAGAUUGCUACUUUGAAGAUGUGGGACAAAAACUUGAUACAGAGGGCUGGAACACGUGUCGAGACUGGUAUUACAUGGCUGGAGUGUACAGAGGAGGGUGCAAUGCCUUAAGCUGUAUUGAGACAUUAAAGUGCUGCAAAAUUACGGCACAAGAUGGAGUAGUUCUAGACCACUGGCUACUUAACGGUCAAGAUGGGAAUGUAAGUUUAUCUGGUUCGCCAUCUUUCACCAAGGGUCGAUGCCCCAGCAGCAACGCUAUUACUUUUAACCAAUCGAGUUCGUAUGCCAGCGUGCCUCUAAUAAAUCUUGGAGGCCGAAGUUUUACAAUUGCCUGUUGGAUUAAACAAACAAAAAGCGUUAAGGAUGAGAUUGCAGCAAUAUACGGUGACUGGCGAAGACCAUGGAAUUUUUUGCUAAGUCUAAAAAACCGAGAGAUUAUCUUCCAUCGUCCCAGAGAAAGAUACGGAGAAAGACAAUGGUGGUCCGCAGGAAGUGCUGAUGUUUCUUUUGACGCUUGGACUCACGUGGUUGUUAUAUGGGAUCAUAAAAAAACCGCCGUGUCGAUAUUAGCCGACGGGUUAAAAGUGGGGGGAAACUCUUUUUCAUCAGAGGAUGCGUUUUACGAACCUACAGGGAAUCGGUACCAGAUCGGUGAUGACGGGCACUGGGGUGAUCAUCAGUUCUAUGGAUCAGUGAUGGAUCUUUAUGUGUUUGGCUCGGCACUGUCGCUGGAACAAGUCAACAAACUAAGAGGAGUUCCGCUUAUCGCUAACACGACCAAGAGUGUAUCAGGGGGGGACGUCCUAGUGGUGUGGGAACCUCCUUUGGUAGGAGCAUGUCCGAUUGUCAAAUACAAUGUGUAUUACAGAGAGGUUAUGUCAUCAGCAAGACAACAAAGCAACUGGUACUCGGUAGAGUUGGACGGAGGUCGCACAAGUUGUACGCUUCAUUUGAGCUGCAGGAAAGAAUACAAUGUGUCUGUUACCUCGAUUAGCGAAUCAGGGGAGAGUCCAUUCAGUGACAGCAAAAUUUGGAAUUUCCAAACCACCGGAGGCAUUCCUUCACCUCCAAUUAUAACCCCUAUGAAACAAGAAAUAUCGAGUAACAAUAUCACCUUAUCCUGGAGUCCUCAAACAGCCAAUGCUUGUCCGCUGACCAUGUACUCAAUACACUAUCGACUGAUUUAUCCGGGAGGAGCAGGGGAGUCCUGGAACCAAGUCAAUGUCACAAAUGUUACGAAGACAAGCCAUACUGUAUCGUUAGAGUACGACAGGCAAUACACAAUUGAAAUGUCGGCGUGGAAUGAGCUGGGACAGAGUGCAAAGUCGAGGCCAUGGAUAAUAACAACAGCAUCAUCAGGUUCAAUUCAUAGGACUGCUGAAAAAGGCACGGUUAAAUCUUCAGUCUCAGGCAGUGGUAAAAUCCUUUCAACACCACAGCUUGCUGGUUUAUUAGUGGGUGUUUGCAUCCUUCUGUUCGUAGUUUUAAUCGCAGUAAUCUACCUGAGACGUGCAGCAAGAAAAAGCAGAAAACAUGCUUCUGCCCUAAGGCUCAGGAGAUCGAAGUCCACCAUUUUUACCCUCCAUAACUGGGAAGUUCUUCCGGAGCAGGUUGUAUUCGGGGAAGAGAUUGGUCGCGGGGCAUUUGGUAAGGUAUUAAAAGGCACCUUCAGAGAAUCACCUGGAACUGAGGUCUUCAUCGAGCCUAGAUAUGAGACGGUCGACUUCAAACCAGGAGAAACAGUGGCCAUUAAACUCCUGGGAGACAAGACAGGCGAAGAGGCACGAAACCAGUUUUUGGAGGAAAUUGAACUUAUGAAAUCAAUCGGCUCACAUCCUAAUGUUGUUAGAAUGUUGGGAUGCUGGGUACACUCGGAUCCUAUCUUUCUCCUCUUGGAAUACGUUUCUUACGGGGAUUUGUUACAGUGGCUAAGAAACAAAAGGAUACAAAAGAGUUAUCAAAAGCAUUAUGAUAACUUCAACAAGCCUCUGCAACUUGAUACAAAUCUGGUGCAGAUUAACGAAGAUGAGUCCAGAGAACUGCUAUCAAGGAGUGAAGAAGAAAGUGGAAAGGAUCCAGACACCAAGGGUAUUCCUAAGGCUGUUUCAACCUCAGUUUCUGUCUGCGCCUCGGGUAUUGAAAGUGUCUCGAAGGAAAAGACACCCGCCAUAAAUGAAGCAAAAACUGACGUGACAGAAAAGGUGCAGAAUCAUUACGACAAACAUCCUAUUCAAGCCUCUCUAAGUGAUUGUCAUAAUAAUGUGGAAUGGGACGAAGACUUCACAGCUAAGGAUCUUCUUGGUUUUGCGUGGCAAGUAGCGCGCGGAAUGGCGUAUUUAUCAGGUAAAGGAUUUGUCCAUCGCGAUUUGGCAGCUCGUAAUGUUCUUCUUGAUGAAAACAAAGUGGUGAAAAUUUCUGAUUUUGGACUUAUGAGGCAAACCCAUGAAAACGUGUACACGCUGAAGAAAGGGAAAAAGAUACCAGUAAAAUGGAUGGCGCCAGAAGCACUUUACAACAGUGAAUAUACAACCAAAAGUGAUGUAUGGUCUUUUGGAAUUCUCCUCUGGGAACUUUCCACAAUGGGAGGAAACCCUUACCCAGGAGUCAAUAACAAAGAGUUGUACAAUCUUCUUAAGACUGGAUAUCGAAUGGAAAAACCAGACACCUCUUCUGAUACAUUAUAUCAACUGAUGUCAGAGUGUUGGAAAGAGGAGCCCAGUGAGAGACCGACUUUUGAAAACACCACGAGAUUAUUAGAGGAAAUGAUGCAAGAGGACACGCCUUAUUUGGAUUUUGAAUCACUUGAUGAGUCAAAGGAGUAUUACUGCAGUCCAGAAAAGCUUUCUGAUGAUGAAGUCACAGCUUAAAGUUAGAUUGAGCUUUACGGCAGGAAAGAGGAAA